GGACUGCCAUUGUGCGAUUAUCCGGUGACUGGCUGGUAAAUAUGUGAUAUCACUUAUGACCCGCCAUUGUGGAAUGUUAGGGGUUUUUCGGAGGUCACUAGGGGUCCUCUGAGAAAUGAGCCGAGGCUACAUAUCUGAGAAUAUGUGGAAGUGAACCAUGACCUCAUUCGAACAAUUUCCAUAUCAAGAGAAAAACCUGAAGGAACUGGAGAAACACAUAGUCUGCCGGGAUUCCCAGUUAUCAACACUGCUGGCGAUAUUUGGAGAGCGUCCUCAUCUAAGCUUUCCAUCCAUCUUCAUCUACGGUCACACCGGCACCGGGAAAACCUACAUUGUGAAGACAGUGCUGAGCACUCUAGAGCUGCCAUAUGCCAUUGUAAAUUGUGUGGAGUGCUUCACGUUACGGUUACUGUUUGAACAAAUACUUAAUCAGCUGUACGAUCACCGCCCAGCUCCUGACAAUGAGUAUUCCUCCUAUGAGAGAUGUGACACAUUUAAUGAGUUCAUCCGCUUGUAUAAGAAGGCAAUUUCAAGUCAAGGAUUUGGGAAUGAAACCAUUUACAUUGUCUUGGAUAAAGCUGAGCUCCUUCGGGAAAUGGAGGCAAACAUUCUGCCUGCCUUCCUCAGACUUCAGGAACUGACACAAAGUAAUGUGACAGUGAUAUUCCUGACUGAAAUCGUUUGGGAAACCUUCCGACCAAACACUGGAUGCUUUGAGCCCAUAACUAUAUACUUUACUGACUACAGCAAAGUGGAACUACAACAAAUUCUAUCCAGUGACUAUCCUGAAGAGUACUCGCCUGAGUUCUAUGCAUCCUACAUCAAUAUUCUCCUGGGUGUCUUCUACACUGUGUGCAGGGACAUUAAGGAACUCCGACAUUUGGCUGCUCUGAACUUUUCAAAAUAUUGUGAACCAGUGAUAAAAGGAGAAGCAAAGGAAGGUGAUGCGCACAAGUUGUGGAGAAACAUUGAGCCACAUUUGAAGAGGGCCAUGCAGACUAUUUAUCUUCGUGAGAUUUCAAGUUCAGAGUGGGAAAGGAUACAGCAGGAGGACAGAGAAGCAUCACACCUCAAAGGACUGUCUGCCCAUGCUCAUGUGGAACUACCUUAUUACUCCAAAUUUUUACUCAUUGCUGGAUAUUUAGCCUCGUAUAACCCUGCCAGAACUGACAAAAGAUUUUUCGUCAAGCAUCAUGGAAAAAUUAAGAAAACGGACUUCCUAAAAAAACAUGAAAAGACCAGCAACCAUCUUCUUGGUCCCAAGCCCUUUCCUCUGGAUAGACUUUUGGCCAUUCUGUACAGUGUAGUGGACAGUAGGGUUGCACCAACUGCAAACAUCUUCUCCCAGAUCUCCUCUCUUGUGACACUUCAGCUGUUAACCCAGGUGGGUCAUGAUGAUCAGCUGGAUGGACCUAAAUACAAAUGUACUGUAUCGCUGGAUUUUAUAAGAGCUGUAGCAAGGACUGUGAACUUUGAUAUUGUUAGAUACCUGUAUGAUUUUCUAUGACAAAGGCUUUCAUUUGGAGGAAUAUGGAAGGGAAACCAUGCAUUUCCAUGGAAUGAAUGUGUUUUCUCAAUGGACUGUAUUAUCUAAUAGUGUUCUAUAUGUUUGUAAUUAAACUAUUCUAAAACUCUAAA